AAAGGGUAGUCUGACCUAAUCAAUCGUAAGAACAACACGCAAAGGGGAAACAGUUGCAUCUGAAAUGUGUAGCAAGUGCAAGCACCACACAGAGGACUUAACAGAGGACUUAACAAACUACUGAUAAAGUCUCCUAAACUUCCUGGAUAUUUCAACUAUGGCAACAGCCUGGGCCACCGCUGCCUCGACAGCCCAUCAGACUAACAAUUCAACUUGCGACCUAUAUGAGCACAGCGAUACGGCACAUAUCCUGUUGCCCAUGUUCUACAGUGUUAUUUUCUUAAUCGGAAUGCUUGGAAACGCACUUGCUUUGGCUGUAAUCGUUAAGAACAGAAAGAAGAUGAAUUCUACUACUAUUUACUCAACAAAUCUUGUUGUAUCAGACAUUCUUUUCACUACGGCGUUGCCUGGAAGAAUAGCAUACUACGCACUGGGCUUUCACUGGCCAUUUGGAGAAGCACUCUGCAGACUCUCAGCACUUGUCUUUUACAUCAACAUUUAUGCCGCUGUGAACUUCAUGACAUGCCUGAGCAUUGACAGGUUUGUCGCCGUGGUUCAUCCUUUACGCACAAAGAUCAGAAGAGUUAAAUGUGCCACGUACAUCUGUUGCUUUGUGUGGUUUCUUGUACUUGCCCAAACCAUUCCAUUGCUUUUACAAAAAAUGUCAUACGAAGAAGGAGAAAGAAUAACAUGCAUGGAAUACCCAAACUUUGAACGAAUUGCAAAUCUCCCUUGGAUACUUCUUGGAGCCUGCCUUCUGGGAUACGCAUUCCCCCUUGGGAUUAUACUAGUCUGUUACUCUAAAAUUAGUUGCAAACUCUGCCAUAUUGCAAGAGAAAACCCACUAGCUGAAAAGUCCGGAACCAACAAGAAGGCUUUUAAUACAAUUAUUUUUAUCAUCGUUGUCUUUGUCAUCUGUCUUACUCCGUAUCAUGUUGCCAUUAUUGUAUACAUGAUUAAGAAGAUUGUGCUUAAAGAUAUCAUUCCAUGCAGCAGUCGGCAAAUCUUCCAAAAGACCCUCCAUUACACUGUUUUCCUGAUGAAUUUAAACUGCUGCUUGGAUCCUUUUAUCUAUUUCUUUGCAUGUAGAGGAUACAAAAGAACAAUCAUGAAAAUAUUGAGACGUCAAGGAAGCAUAUCACUAUCGAGCGCUGUCAAAACAGCUCCUGAGGAAAGCUCUCGUGAUAUAGGAGACACACAGCUGUCUCCCCUUUCAACAUCUCUAAAUGGAAAAAGGUGAACACAAAUUAACAUUUGAAACGUGCUUCCAGAGUUUCUAUUUCAGAAAACAUUGGUAACAGUAAAAACCACGAACUAUUUCUUUUUUUAAAGGAGCUAAUAUUUUUAUUCUUCCAGGAGUGGCGUGGAUUGGAGUGGUGAUGUAGCACAUGUAGCCACAAGAAAGAGAAAAACUGGCAUUGUAUUUGCUUUUAAAAUUUGGUUUCAUGUC